AUGAACGAAAGACAAAAGGCUGAAUUAGAAGGAAAUAAAGGAAAAAGUUUAUUUUGCAAGAUUUCACUUAAUGGAUCAUAUGGUUACGAUGCAAUGAAUACACAAAAUUACGCAAAGACUAAAAUAAUGAAUGCACAGAAGGCACGCGUUGCAUGUAUGUCAAAUAAGUUUAAAAACAUAAGAGAAAUAGGUGAAGAUACAUAUCAACUGAUGCUCAAAGAUAGAUUUUAUAGAUGUGAUACAUGUUUACAAGAGGCAUUCUUCACUUUAGAUAAUGCUAAAUACUGGUAUUUGGUUUUCAUUUAUGAUUUUAUGUAUAAAUGCAUGGAUGUUAAUCGUUUUCAUUUCAUUGAAGGUGAUACUGAUUCAUCUUAUUGGGCAAUCGCUGGCGACCCAAAUCUUCCUAACACUCAAGCAUUUCAAGCGAUUGUAACCGAUAAACAAUUUUAUGAUAAAAACAUUUUCAAAUUCGCACCUUUUGAUUUCUUCUGUUUUGAUGAGAAAUUUAAACCUAAAUUAAAGAAUAAAGCUGAAGAAAAAGCACAUGAGAAGAAGUUAUUGGGUUUAGCAAUUGAGAAACAAGGCGAUCACAUGGUUGCUUUAUGUCCUAAGUGUUAUACAUCAUUCAAUGGUUCAAUUGAUGGAAGUGAUUUUAAAAAGAUUGCACAAAAAAUGAAAGGUGUUAGUUUACGACAAAAUAAACAAUUAACACCCAAAAAUUAUUUGGAUAUAAUAAAUGAUAAAUUGAUAUUUGAUGGUCAGAAUAUUAAUUUACAACUUAAAAAUGGGUCAAUGACUCGCUUAACAAUUGGUAAGACUGCAUUAACAGGAGCACACACUAAGGCUGUAUGUUGUGAAAAUGGAUGUUGUAUGCCAUUUAUUUAA